AAUGGGUGAUGGAGGAGGCAAUGUCACUCCAUAUAUGUUGAAGGCUCAUGAGCAUACUCCAUCAAGCGAGAAUAGCAAGGGGAAAAAACAUAUUUAUUUGAAGGUGUCAGGCAUAAAGAACGACCAGAGUUCGCGUAAACUGACCGUCAUGAACGAAUUACAGAAGAUAACAGGAACACCUGACGCGGAAAGCAGCCAGCAACUACACAUAACACCUGACAAAGACGAAGACAACAAAGCCAAGUUUUUUUUCGCUGGAUACAGAACAACCACAGAUACCAUCGUCAUCUUGACCACCUCGUCGACGCCGGUGACGUGCGUCCUUGGUUCUGCUACCGUCGCCGGUGGUGCACCGCCUCGAUGCACUGGACGACGGAAGAAAAGAAGCCAAAUUCUCAAUUUCGACAGAGCAAGUGACACAUCAAGGAUCAGAAUUGACUCCUCGCAAGAUUCGGAAAUUGACUCAGAAGACGAUCUCUUUGAAAAGUCUAAAGCUUUCUUCACGAUUUGGACGCAGGCCUUUACUACGACCACUUUGACGACAUUCGCCCGAAAUUCGGCAUUGACUUUGUCUUUGUCAUAUUAUUGUUCUGCUGGAAACCUGGAUGUUCCGCUUAUUGGUUGUUGAAACUGAUAAUAAAAAACCAGUGCUUCAUGAA